AUGGCCCAUUCUCCCUUGCCCCGAGGAAAGCAUGCCAGCGCUGUGAUUUCAACAUGCCAGCAAUUAACAAACCUCAUAAACGACCAAGCAGCGGUUAUCCUUGACGGGGAGUCACUCAAUGUGAGUGAAGUUGUUGGCGUCGCGUGUUACCAGAUACCGGCGUCAAUCACUACAGAUCCCCGGGUCCAUGCCCGAAUGAGAGAUAGUGUCAAUCACCUCGAUCGAAAACUGGCCAACGGUGAGAUAAUCUACGGCGUCAAUACUGGCUUCGGGGGCAGUGCAGAUACCCGGACGGACGAUCAUACAACCCUACAGCAAGCAUUAAUCCAGCACCAGGCAUCUGGAGUGCUGCUUCCAACGGACCGCCACGGCCAACAGUGGGCGAAAAGUCGGACUGCUCGCGUACAGAAUCCGUACGGUUUGACAAGCCUCAGCAUGCCAUCUGCCAUGGUGAGGGCUGCCAUGCUCCUUCGCUGUAACUCUCUGUUGCGCGGCCACUCAGCCGUCCGGCAAGAAGCUGUCGAACAGAUCCUCGCUUUCAUACACGGUGGCCUCACCCCUGUGGUCCCACUGCGAGGGAGUAUAUCGGCAUCGGGUGAUCUGUCUCCGCUGUCUUACAUUGCCAGUGCGCUGGAAGGCAAUCCAGACAUCUCCGUCCGAAACGAUCUGACCGGAGAUGUAAUGUCCGCCGACAAAGCACUCCAGCUCUUGGGCCUUGUGCCACUCUGCUUGGGGCCAAAGGAAGGCCUGGGCCUGCUCAAUGGCACGGCCUUUAGCUGCGGUGCGGCGAGUCUGACCCUCUAUCGGGCCAACCAGCUCGUUGUUCUGUCUCAGGUCCUCACCGCGAUGGGGACGGAGGGUUUGGCCGGCUGCAGAGGAAACUACCAUCCGUUUAUUGCUGAGGCACGUCCCCACCAUGGCCAAAUCGAAGCGGCAUCGAACAUCUACGCUCUGUUGCGAGAUUCCCGCCUGAUCAAGAUGCCAGCCGAUGAGUCCAACGGAAGCUUAGCCCAAGAUCGCUACGCUCUCCGGACAGCGUCACAAUGGAUCGGGCCCCAGAUCGAAGACAUGCUGCUCGCCAUGCAACAGGUGCAAUGUGAGCUGAAUUCAACGACCGACAACCCUUUACUUGAUCCGACAAAUGGCCAGAUCCAUCACGGCGGCAACUUUCAAGCCACUGCGAUUACUUCGGCCAUGGAGAAGUGUAUGAGCGUGAUGCAGAUGCUAGGAAGAAUGAUCUUCUCACAGUGCUCAGAGCUGAUCAAUCCGGCCUUGAAUAACGGACUACCUCCGAACUUGAGCUUCGACGACCCCAGUCUCUCGUUCACCAUGAAAGGGGUUGAUAUCAAUAUGGCCGCCUAUAUGUCCGAGUUAAGCUAUUUGAACCACCCAGUCAGUAACCAUGUGCAGUCAGCCGAGAUGCAUAAUCAAGGCCUCAACUCGCUGGCUUUGAUAGCCAGUCGAUAUGCCGCCGAGACUGUGGAAGUGUUGUCGUUGAUGACGGCCGCUUAUCUGUAUGUACUGUGUCAGGCUGUUGAUCUCCGCACCUUACAGGUCGAGUUCAUGAAUGAGGUGAAAGGUGAGGUCGACGCCAUUACCGCUGAGCUGUGUGAUGAUGCGGCCUGCUCCCUUACCGAAGCUGACUCUGAGCAAAUCCAAAAUGCGACGUGGAAAGAAAUCAUGCUGCACUGGAAUCGCAGCAGUACGAGCGACCUCCACGAACGAAGCCAAACAGCAGCACAGAACUCCUUGGGAGCCGUUGUACAGCUACUGCCUGCGCCCAAGGCGACCACAUGUGUCGCAGCUCGGCUCAUUGCGCAGCACGACUGGAUCGAUCGAGUGGCCAACGCAUUGGGAACCAGAUACUCUGCGGUAAGGGCGCGGUUUGGGGCAAACCCUACCACAAAGGCCUAUCUUUGUGGGAGCUCGCGGCAGAUAUACGAGCUCGUACGUGAGAGGCUAGGGGUGCCAUUACACCGCGGGAUUAUUGACCACCCGACGUAUGCUUCGGCGGGUCACGAUCCCAAAGAGAAACAAUGCACGGGUUCCCAGGUCAGCAAGAUCUUUACAGCCUUGCGAGGGGAUGAGUUUCGAGAGGAACUGCCAAAACUUUGGAGCUUUGUUGACUCGGUGGAAACCGGUUCUAGAUGUGUUGAACAUCCGUAA